CCUAAUUAAGCUGAGCUCUCCACUUAAAAAAAAAAUUAAGUUCAGCUCUCCACUGCCUCGCUACACUGCACGUAGGCAUCCAAAACAUGGUGAAGGAUGCACAAGGUGGUGGCGCUGGCGUCACUGCCGGACACGGCGAGGUGAUCACGACGGCGGUGGCGCCGGCGCUGCCGACGCAGGAGCACCGCCUCAGGCUGUCCAACCUGGACCUCCUCCUGCCGCCGCUCGACGUCAGCGUCCUCCUCUGCUACCGCCACCCGGCACCGUCCGCGGCGGCGCUCAAGGAGGCUCUGGCCAAGGUGCUGGUGCCGUACUACCCGCUCGCCGGCGAGGUCGUGGCCAACGGCGACGGCGAGCCGGAGCUUCUGUGCAGCGGCCGCGGCGUCGACUUCACGGAGGCGAGCGCCGCCGCCGGCGUGGAGAUGCGCGAGCUGCGGUUCGGCGUGGUGGACGAGCGCGUCGAGAAGCUGGUUCCCGCCAAGAACGCCGCCAGCGUUAUGUCUGUUCAGGUGACCAAGUUCAAGUGCGGCGGCGCGGUCGUCGGCUGCACGUUCGACCACCGCGUCUGCGACGCCUACUCCUUCAACAUGUUCCUCGUCGCCUGGGCCGCCGCCGCCCGAGACGGUCACGGCGGCGCCCCGCCACAGUUGAUCCCGUCCUUCCGUCGUUCCCUCGUCGCGCCGCGGGACCCGCCGCCGCCGCGCUCGCCGUCGACCGACGCGCUGAUCGACCGCCUGUUCGCUCCUGUGGGCUCCGCCCCGCCGCCUCCGAAUGCCGCGGCCGCCGCCGUCAACCGCAUUUACCGCAUAGCCGCCGGUGACGUCGCCGCUCUCCAGGCCUCGGCGGGGCCCGGGCGGACGAAGCUGGAGGCGUUCACGGCCCACAUGUGGCAGCUCUGCGCCAGGGCGGUGGCGGCGGCGGCGGCCUCCCCGCCGCCGUCACGCGAGCGCCCGUGCUGCAUGGGCGUCGUUGUCGACGGGCGCGGCCGCCUGUUCCCGGACGGCGCCAUGAGGGCCUACUUCGGCAACGUGCUGACCAUACCGUACGGCGUCAGGGGCUCCGAGGAGCUGCGCGGCAUGGCUUUCGCCGACGUCGCCGACGACGUGCACGCGUGGGUGGUGGAGGCGGCGACCGGCGACCACUUCCGGGGGCUCGUCGACUGGGUGGAGGCGCGCCGCCCCAAGCCCGCCGCGGCGAGGGCGUACCUGGGCGGCACCGGCGGCGGCGACGCGGCGGUGUGCAUCGUGUCGUCCGGGAUGGGCUUCCCCGUCGGCGACGCCGACCUCGGGACGGGCCCGCCGGCGUUCGCGUCGUACCACUUCCCGUGGCCCGCCGGCGCCGGGUACGUGAUGCCGAUGCCGAGCGCGCGCGGCGACGGCGACUGGGUGGUGUACGUGCACGUGUCGCCGGAGCUAGCCGAGGCGAUGGAGGAGGAGCCCACCGUGUUCAGGGCGCUGGACAGUAGCUACGUGUUUGGUUGACACGUAGUAUAUGCAUGUCUCUUGCAAGUGCAUGCUUCGUAUGUUGUAUUCAUAAUAACGCCGUAUGUAUGCGUUGAGUAAGCAGCGAGCAAUUUUAUCAUCUUUCAGAAGUUACCGGAAGAUAUUACUGUUUUUUAUAUAAAAUUUGAUACAUUUUAGUAACUUAGAUACUAGAAGAUAUUAAAUUCUAUAUAGAAAACAUAUCUACUCGAGGAUGGGAAAAAAAUGCUCCGUGCACUGUGUACUGCUAGCUGCAUCGUUGGCACGUAACUCCGUGUAUAGAAAAAUAAUACUGCGUGUCGUGUCGCUCUAAUUUCAUGUAACCAAAUCUGUUUUUAUCUUUUGUUGUUGGUCUAAGUGCGAA